GUCACAUUUUUCUUUUUAACUUUGACAUCUACGCACCACUAACACAAGCUCUUCUUUCUAUCUUUUUGCAUUAUACCUUUUCAUUUUUGCUCAUCUGUCAUUUUACUCAUUCGUGUUCACACGUCUGUUCAUAGCUAUAUUUCUUGCUUUUGCUCUCUUUUAUCUAUAAAUCUUUCAUUCGUUUUAUUGUCUUCUCAUUCUACAUCUCUGAGUCUGGCUUUACCUGAUGCAAUUGCAGUUUUUAGUUGUAUGAGAUGGAGUCAAGGCAUCAUGGACUUCGACCUCUAAGACCCACAAGCCUAGCAAUGCCAUUCUUAGGUUGGUCCAAAUGGUCCCAUGCACAAGACCCAGCACAAGGAUGUGUUGCCCCUGGUCAAAUGUUACUGCAAGAACUCCUUUGGCAGGUUGAGCAAAGAGCACUUCAGGUUCAAGAGGAGUUCCAGUCCUGCCUUUCCAAUGGCAUUCACCCUCCAGCACACCCAAGCCAAUUCGCCCUCAUAUCUGCUUCUGAGCACCAUCAGCUAGAGCGCCUCUGUGGCCGCAUCCCACCCUCACACACUGCCAUUGUACUUUCCAGGCUCCAUGAUCUUCUGGCUCACAAUGACAUUCCUCCCUGGGAGCUGGUUGGCGUCUUCAAGCAAGUUCUUAGGGACUUCCUGAGGAGACAGGAAGACGCAAUGCAGAGACGUCCACCGCCUUCAGCUCCACCAACAAUGAUUUCUACUGCCAUUCCACCUACAGAGAGUAAUAACAGAAAUCAUAUGACUGAAAAUGCACUGCACAAGUCUUUAUCAGAGUCGGGGAAGCAAAGAGAGGAGAUCCCCACUAUAUCUAGUUACGUAGAUAAGCACUUGUGUGCUACCUGUCCUUACUCUAUACAGAGAGAUUGGAGCCUGCCAUACUGCCAUCCAUUUAGUUAUGAGGCCUAUAGCACCACGUUGUAAGGGCCACUUAAUUGUAAGGAAAUGAACAUGUAGCCUCCUCCUAUGUCCCUUUUACCACACAUUAUAAGUAACGCUUGUUUUAGUUUAAGCAAAUUAGCAUUUUGAAUAGAUAAACUAUUUAAAAGAUUUAAAAGUGAUCAAACAGAAAGAAUAAUGACUAUUAAAAACGGAAGAAGAGCCAUAACCACAUAAAUGUGAAUAACCCUAAAUGUGAGUUACCUUUAUUGUCUGAGUUACUGCCACAGACCCAAAUAUCCUUUCUUUAGUAGCAUUACUAAACCAUAUCAUAUUCACUGUUAAACUAAAGGUAUCGUGUCUUUUUUGACAGGUCUGAUUAUAAACAACAUUCUAGAUGCAUUUAACAUUCAUAAGCGCUGUUGCAGCGAUCUACCUCUAUCUGUCAUCCUAUAUAUUAUGCAUAUGUAUUCCUCUACAGGUUUGAUAUAUACAAAUGUAUCCCAUUCCUUUAUCUAAAAAAAACAUCAAUUACAAAAAUCACUAGGUUAACUGUGUACAUUUUUAACAGCCAAAUAAAUAAAUAACUUUCCAAUCUUUUGCAACC